AUGACAAUCCGUGCACAGUUUCUCUAUCAAACCUGACGAAUUUUAAUCACAAGGCGAUCAUUGCGAAAUCCCCCUCGUAUAUAGUGAAACAUAUAUUAUUUGAAUUAAAAAAUUAAACCUGUGUACUAACUAGGACUGUAUUUGUGUCAAUUGGUUUAGAUUUAAAUUUUACUUACCACGGCAAGGAAGUCAACUACACAGCAUCCAAGAUGUCACUUUACCCAUCCCUGGAAGAUAUGAAGGUGGACCAGAUGGCUAAGGCCCAGAGGCACUAUGAGCAGCAGGUGACCUACCCUGGUGCCCCACCGGCAUACCCCCCUGGGAUGUCCCAGCAAGCCCUACAAGCCCCUGGGUCGUCAGGCGCUCUGUAUCCAGUGCUUGAUGAGUACAUGGGCCUGCAGCUUACCCCGCAGUUCUUGCAGCAGAACAUGCCAGAAUAUAGCCAGCAGGUGGCUAUUCCCCAGAACAGGCCCAGCAACAUGCAGGUGGCGCCUGUCAGUGGGGCAGACCUGGGGAUCAAGCGGGCGGAGAUCAAGCAAGGUCUGAGGGAGGUUGUGGCCUGCAAGGACGCUGAGGGAAAGAUUGGGCUGCGUAUACGACACGUAAAUAAUGGUCUGUUUGUUGCCCUGGUGCAGAAGAACUCCCCGGCGGCCCUCGCAGGUCUGAGGUUUGGGGACCAGAUCCUGCAGAUCAACGGUCAGAAUGUGGCCGGCUGGGACACGGACAAGGCCCACAAGGUGUUGAAGUCGGCCAACGGUGAGAGAAUCAGCUUCGCUGUGAGAGACAGACCGUUUGAGCGGAUAAUCACGAUGCAGAAGGACAGUCAAGGCUACAUCGGGUUUGUGUUCAAGGACGGGCAGAUCAAGUCUCUCGUCAAGGACUCGUCUGCUGCCAGGAACGGCGUGCUUACCGAACAUCAGCUCAUUGAGGUCAAUGGACAGAACACUGUUGGUGUCAAGGACUCCGUGAUCAGUGAGAUUAUAGACUCCAGCCCUAGAACAGUGACCAUCACAGUGAUGCCGACAGUGAUUUAUGAGCACAUCGUUAAAUGUAUGGGGAACAGUAUUGUUAAGAAGUUCAUGGACCACUCCAUCCCAGAUCUGUAAACACACGGAGCCACUGAGGACAUUGUAUGGAAUAUCAUGUACAGGAAUCUUUGUUCGCACUUUGAUAUGGGCAUCCAAGGACUUGCACUCAUGUUUCCGUCACGUGUUGGAAUUCAUCUAGUGCCAGUGUGUGUGUGUGAUUUGCAAGUAUAUCUGAAUAACUGACAAAACUUGCCAGGAUUAAUUGGCCAUGCUAAUGCUGUAUGAAAGUGCGCACUUGAAUGAUUACUGUUUAUAUAAACUUUGCCUGACAAAUUGAGAACAUUUUCAAAUUGUGACAUGGUCAUGUGCCGUGGUUAUUGACUAUUAAAAGCUUAGAAAAUAGCAUAAUUUUUUUACCUGUUUUUAUACAUUGAAUGGUGAAAGGUUGUAUACCGAUGGAAUUAUCAAUUUCGAAGCUUUAGUUGAAGAAAAGAUUCACUUUAAUUAAGAACCUUUUUCUAUGAAACAUUUUAGUGAUCUGUUAACCAGUGUUUUGGUUACUAAGUGUGCUUUAACUUGUUAUUGGUUUGACUUAAUUAUAUUAGGUACAUAAAAAUCACAAGUUUGUUUGUUGUAAUUAAAACUUAUUCUACAUGUACAUUUAAUGUAUUGUGUACUCAACUUUCAGUACUAUGUUAGUGGCCAUUUUCAUAUAGAUAUUGCAUUAUCCUUCUGAAUUGUUUGUACCAGUAGCAAAUUGGUACUAUGCAAUUAUGAAUUUGCACAAGUAAGGUUUUUAUUAAAGAUUCAAGUUCAUUUUAUUCUUCAGUCUUGUUUAAACAAUGUUAAUUUCUUUUUAUAUGUUCAUUAACACUUCCACUGUUUAUUCCCAAAUGUCUGUCAGAUAAUUUCACAACUUGACAGUUUAUAUAACUUUAUUUAUUGGAUGUCGUCUUUAAACCAUAUUUGUUUGUAGAUAAUUUUGUGGUUUUUUUUUAUGUAAGAUGUAACAAUCUCUAUAAUACAUUUUGUAUUUGGAUCUGAGGUUGUUAUUCUGCUAUAUGCACAAACUAGUUUACUACAGAAUAGAUUUUAACCUUAAGCCUGUUCAAAGGGCCAAUCUUCAUGGACAUAUGGCUUUCUUUCCACAUUUGAUCAUACAACACAUGCAAUUGCAGUUUUUAUGUCCCCCACUAUAGUAGUGGGGGACAUAUUGUUUUUGCCCUGUCUGUUGGUCUGUCUGUUGGUCUGUCUGUUUGUGCCAACUUUAACAUUUUGCAAUAACUUUUGCUAUAUUGAAGAUAGCAACUUCAUAUUUGGCAUGCAUGUGUAUCUCAUGAAGCUGCACAUUUUGAGUGGUGAAAGGUCAAGGUCAUCCUUCAAGGUCAGAGGUCAAAUAUAUGUGGCCAAAAUCGCUCAUUUUAUGAAUACUUUUGCAAUAUUGAAGAUAGCAACUAGAUAUUUGGCAUGCAUGUGUAUCUCAUGGAGCUGCACAUUUUGAGUGGUGAAAGGUCAAGGUCAUCCUUCAAGGUCAGAGGUCAAAUAUAUGUGGCCCAAAUCGCUUAUUUUAUAAAUACUUUUGCAAUAUUGAAGAUAGCAUCUUGAUAUUUUGCAUGCAUGUGCAUCUCAUGGAGCUGCACAUUUUGAGUGGUGAAAGGUCAAGGUCAUCCUUCAAGGUCAGAGGUCAAAUAUAUGUGGCCCAAAUCGCUUAUUUUAUGAAUAUUUUUGCAAUAUUGAAGAUAGCAACUUGAUAUUUGGCAUGCAUGUGUAUCUCAUGGAGCUGCACAUUUUGAGUGGUGAAAUGUCAAGGUCAUCCUUCACAAGGUCAAGGUCAUCCUACAAGGUCAAACAUCAUAUAGGGGGACAUUGUGUUUCACAAACACAUCUUGUUCUAUCUUAGUUUAAGUUAACAACAGUUACUUAACACCAAACAUGAUUUUUGGCAAUGUUUCAGUAAAUAUAUUUUUGGCUUGAGCAGUGCGUAUCAAUGCAAUGUACAGAUAAACCAAGUUGUCGAAUAUCAACAGUCAUCAUUAUAACCAGACAUAAUUAGUGUACAAGAACUCAACAGAAUUACUUAGAUAAACUUGCCUUGUUGUUUUAUGUUUAUGUAAAUAAUGCCCCUCCAGAAGGUUAAUGAAUUUUUUUUCGGAACUAAGAAUCCCAUUAGGGAUUUGUUUCAUGAUUUGAUUUCCUUCCACCGUGCGGAGAAAUUUGUUACUGGAUAAGAAUUGCACAUAAUGGCAGGGGAUUUAUCUACCCCAUUCCUGCUUUCUUUGCUAGUGUUUUAAAUGUGUUGUUGUUUCUUUGUUGAAUAUUUUUGUUCUAUAGUAACAUUAAAUCAAUGAAUAAAUCAUCCAAAUAGUG